AUGACUCUCAUCAAGAAGGCCGAAGAGCCCAAGGGCCCUCAUAACACCCCUACAUCCAUCACUUACACUCGUAAACCUCUUCCUUGCUCUGACCCCCAGUAUGAGCGAGCCCUGAAACGAUGGGAGGCUGAACGAAAGGCCAAAGAGGCUGGUGAGAUCAAUGACGAACAGCAGCUAAAGGCUGAAAUUCUCGAGGACCUCACUGCGGCGGAGAUACAGGCUGCCAAAGCGGAGAAAAGGGUCGCGGAAGCACAAGGCGCGGAAGGGCAAGUCGCGGCCCUUGAUGCAACGAUCCUCCAUCUGCACAAGCUUGCUGAGGAGCUGCUACUGCCAGCGGAGUCGCAGGACGCUAUGGCCGGCAAAAAAGACAAGGAACCUCCUCGUUUGGAUAUCUCUCACACCAAGUAUCACUCGAUUCUUGUUACGUGUUGCUUUGACAAGGCUACGGACAAUUUCUUUGGUUAG